AAACAAAAUAAAACCCCAGCUGCUGUAACAAAAAGUCUCAGGAAACAACUAGAAAAUAAACUAUGAAACCGGAACCACAUCUGUCACCUGUCAACCGCACAAUUGGCGGCAAAUGACGUCUUUCCGCCGCAAGAUGGCCGUCGGCGGCGCGCGCAGACUCGGCCGCGGUCCGCACACGCGCACUCACCUUCUACCCCAAUCGAUAGUGCAGCCCAAGUCGCACAACAGCCUGUUGGCCGCGCGAGUUUCACGACGUAUUUCUGAUCUGAGAAGAUUUUUCGGGACUGAAUAGAGUGCAAAAAACGUCAAGGUGUCUGUGUCCAGCAGUGUUCUGCCAGGGGCCAUCACUAUGAAGAUCUUAGCAGCGCCCGACGGGCCUGCGAUCUCGCCCGUUGAUCCUUCGGGCGAAUGGCACGGCGUGACAUUCUGGUUGCUAGUGCUAGGAGCGGGCGCGUUGGCCCUCGCCACGCUCGCCGGGAUAGCAUGCUGGCUCGCCAAGCGACGCAACUCUCUUCAUAAGCUAGGAGGCAAACGCGGCCCAGAUAAAGCGCUAGUGUUCCAGCCGCCACGCCGCGCCACCGCCGUGCGAUCUCCAGGCUCAGCGACCCACUACCUACGCAAGUCUCCGUCGCCCACCGCACCAACUGCGCCAGCCGCUACCUCGCCGCCUAACGCGCCGAUCCCGCCGCAGAUUCCGUCAUCCGGCGGCAAUAGUCCGCACACGCCGACGGCGCCGGAACCGGACCCGCUGAGCAAGGAGCUUGCCGACGCCAAUGCCACCGAGAAGCCGAACAAGCCCGCUGACUCCGACAACAACGAGGGAAGGCUCGGCGACUUGCAUUUCAAACUGCGAUAUGAGAACGAGAAGAACGCCUUGGUGGUGUCGGUGGUCUCCUGCCAGGGCUUGCCAGGGCGCGAACCCGCAGGCCCCGAUCCCUACGUUAAGCUGCAGCUGCUGCCGGACAAACAACAUAAGGUCAAGACCAGGGUGGUGCGCAAGACCCGCUGCCCCGUAUACGAUGAAGAUUUCACAUUCUACGGCCUGGCUCCGCACCAGCUUCCUGCCAUCACUCUGCACUUCGUCGUGCUUAGCUUUGACAGAUACUCCCGGGAUGAGAUAAUUGGCGAGGUGGUGGCACCACUGUCGACACUUCACCUGCAGAGCGGCGAGGCCAUGGCGCUGUGUCGCGAGAUCCAACCACGUAGUCUCAAGAUGCUGCGCGUGGGGCGCGGCGAGGUGCUGGUGUCGCUGUGCUGGCAGCCCGCCGCCGCGCGCCUCACCGUGGUGCUGCUGAAGGCGCGCAACCUGCCCAAGAUGGACGUCACCGGGCUGGCCGACCCAUACGUAAAAAUGUACCUGCUGUACAACGGUCAGCGCAUCGCCAAGAAGAAGACGCACGUGAAGAAACGCACGCUGAACCCCGUGUUUAACGAGUCCUUCGUGUUUGAAGUCCCGGCUGCACCCAACGCCGCGCUUGACCAUGUGUCGCUAGAGCUGCUGGUUCUGGAUUGGGAUCGCGUUACCAAAAACGAGGUGAUCGGUCGGCUGGAGCUGGGCGCGGCGGGCGCGGGCUCGGCGCGGCAUCACUGGCGCGAGGUGCAGGCCGCGCCGCGGCGACAGAUCGCCGACUGGCACAAGCUGAAGGAGUGAGGCGGCGGGAUAUUAUCUGUCUCCGUCUCCCGCCAUCUUGGCCAGCUGACUCAACUUAUUCUCCAUUGCCCUGGAACUUGACUAAUGUAGCGUUUGUUUUAAUCUGUCAGUAUCACGCCUUGAACAUAACCGACCUGUUUUUAGGGUUCUGUAGCCAAAUGGCAAAAAACGGAACCCUUAUAGAUUCGUCAUGUCUGUCUGUCUGUCCGUCCGUCCGUCCGUCCGUAUGUCACAGCCACUUUUUUCCGAAACUAUAAGAACUAUACUGUUGAAACUUGGUAAGUAUAUGCUUUCUGUGAACCGCAUUAAGAUUUUCACACAAAAAUAGAAAAAAAAACAAUAAAUUUUGGGGUUCCCCAUACAUAGAACUAAAACUCAAUUUUUUUGUCAUCAAACCCAUACGUGUGGGGUAUCUAUAGAUAGCUCUUCGAAAAUGAUAUUGAGGUUUCUAAUAUCAUUUUCUUCUAAACUGAAUAGUUUGCGCGAGAGACCUUUCCAAAGUGGUAAAAUGUGUCCCCCCCCCCGUAACUUCAAAAAUAAGAGAAUGAUAAAACUAAAAAAAAUAUAUGAUGUACAUUACCAUGCAAACUUCCACCGAAAAUUGGUUUGAACGAGAUCUAUUAAGUAGUUUUUUUUUAAUACGUCAUAAAUCGUAAA